AUGCGACCUGGGCACUGUGGGCCCUUUGUGUCAGUUUCAAUUGGUGUUGUUUUCAUUAAUGGCGGUUUGUUUACAUUUCGUUGCGAUAUCAUCAGGUUCCCGUGGUUCGAUAUUCGGUCGAGCUUUCUUUUCGUCAACCUCAUCGUGACGAUCGUGGUGCUCGGUGGACUGUUGGCAACGAUCGAAAACCAUCUGCCCACUGCCAUCCGGCAGACGUUCCGGUAUGACAAGCAUGCACUGAAGGGAUCAUCGGACCGAUUGGAGCCCCUGCUGGAGAUCCUGAAGGUGUGGUUCAUACAUUUCUACGUCUUUGCUGCCCUCUGGUCGGUGGCCGGAUUUGCCGUCAUGAUGUAG